AUGUAUCCUACACUGCUUGUGUUUGCUAGCCUUGUGGCCGCCAUCGCCAGUGUUGGCUCUCAAGACACCUCCUCAACCGGUUCACCUGUGGACGCCUGGAGGACUGUGACUCUCCCGGGGGCUUUUUACCUCAUCUACCGUUCCUACGAAAAUGAUGAGGGCCUCGGAGGCACCGGGAAAUGUGUCUCCAUAGAAUUGUCCGAGAAAAACGAAGAAACCAAGACCACGAAGAGCGGAAUGAAGUACUGGGACGAUCAGAAGAACUCAUGGAUAAUAAAGACCGUGCGUAUCAAGGUGGCUCCUACAGGCGGCGACACCAUCCAAAUGAGCAAUGCGGAGGGAGGUGACGCAUCCGCAUCUGAAGGCCGGUUCGUUUAUUCGGAUUACGGAACCUGUGACGUGGUUGUCCUUUCGGGAACAGGGGAUAAAAAAUGUGAGCUCUGGGUCAGUGCAGCGGUAGCUCCCGGAGGCGAUACAAGCGGCAGUCAGAAACUCGAUAAAUGCCUAGAAGAAUACGAGAACCAAUGCUCAGGCCAAGAGAAAUACCAAAUCUACGAUACAGCCCCAUGCAGUUCCGAAUAG